GGUAUUUAUCUUGUGAAUUUCUUACAGAGUGGAGCUAAAAGCUGAAAGCAAAAUAAACCUAAAGAAAUAAAACACGAAUGGACUUUUUUUUCUGUGCCGUUAAAUAUACGUAAAAAAUAAAAGAAAAACAUAUUUAAUAAUAAAAAAUAUCAAGUAAAAUAAAAAAAUAACUAACUAACGGCUUUAAAAGUGAAGUAAGGAGAAGUGGAAGAGACAAAUAAACUAAAAAAAAACAAAAAUUGUGUGAUUUAACACAAACUACCAAACAAGUGACCAGAGUUAAAGUGCAGUGCAUUUAUUUAAAGAAACCAAAAAAAAAGGAAUUUAAUUAAUCAUUAAACUUAUUAUAUAUUGAACAUUUCAAAGAAGAAAAAAAUCGUGUUGCACGCAAAAUAAGACAAUAAAUAGAAAAUAAUUAGGAAAAGCUAGUGAAAGUUAAUUUUUUUAUAUAUUUUUUUUAAAGAAAUACACGCACGUGAAAAUUUCACAAAAAAAUCUUUUUCAAUAACGAGCUUUAAUUUUGGAAAAGUCUCACAACGGCAGCCACAACUAUAAAUAUGAAUCGUUCAAAUAGUUUUGUCUCCGCUUUAAAAUGGUGGCCUUUACAGGGUCAUUUAAAUCAAACACAAAACAAUGGCAAUACUGGUGAUGGUGGUGGUGGCGGCGGCGGUGGUGGCACUGUUAAUGUGGGCCACCAUCAAAACCCUUCACAUAACUCUAGCAGCAGUGGUCUGGGUUUCCGCGGUCUUAUACCAUUCAAUAGGACAUCAACAGCUCAAACAUUCGGCAGUUCGGUGGCUGUACAAAAGUUACGUGAAUCCAAAUGGUUUAAACCUGAUGAACAACGUAUUUUUUGUGCUGUAGUCGAGUGCGGUUUCAUUGUUGAAGUACGCAGUAGUGCAGCUGUGGCCAGGAAAUUAGCCCAACAACAGCAGCGUAGACGUCAACGUCUAUUGUCUCUAACGAAUAAGACACGACAACAAAAUAACAGCGGAAGCAGCAGUAGCAGUUCGAACGACAGUUAUGAACACGAAGACGUUGAGGAAUUUUGCAAACAUCAUCAAACAAGUGUUCAAAUGUUAUUGUCUUCGAAUGGUGCAUAUCGUAAUCAUCACAGUCAUCAUCAUCAUGAUGUUGUUGACGACGUUGAUGAUGAUGACGAUGAGGAUGAUUUGGAUUCACAAGAUGAAAAUAAAACACCAAUUACCACAUGGUUUGGUGUGGUGCUGUGUAAAACUAAUAAAGAUAAUAAACCAAAACCCGAAACAAUUGAAAUAUUUUCUGUGAAAAUACGUGAGAAUGGCACCUUUAAAAUGAUAAAAAUGUCACUGGAUGACAUUUGGAAUAAUGAUUGGGAAUUGCGUAUUAAUAAUUUUGCUGAUAAAGAAAAACCGCCACACAAUGAAAAGGAUAUAAGAAAUCAGAUAUCCUUUGCACGCAAAGCCAAACAAAGCUUGUGGAAUAAUAAUAAGCACUUUGUAUAUUGGUGUCGCUACGGUAGUCGUCAACAGGAUGUCAGAAAACGACAGAUGUCCGAAUGCGUUAAGUGGGGCAGUGUGGGCAUGAAUGCCGGCAUGUUGUUAUUAAUGAAUAAACAAAAAUCCUAUUCCACCUCUAAGUAAAUUAGAAAUUUGUGCAAAUUUGCGCAAAAUUUUCUAUAACUCAAUUUGUGUUAAACAUUUUGCUUUAUAUUGCAAAUGUGGGUAAUUAUUUGUCUAAAAUUAAAAUAUUAUUAAUGAGGAUUAGAAUUCAUGAGAGUUGUGUUUUGUUCUUUGUUUUAUUUGUAAAUGAGAUAAGAUAAAAUUUAAAAAAAAAAUUAUUUAAUAUUAAACAAAAAACACCUAUACAAAAGUUUUAUUAAACUGUUGUUGUGUUUUAACAAGUAAUAUAUAUAAACAAACAGUUUAUAUAUAAAAAUUUCUUUAUAUAAAUAUAUAUGCAAUUGCCUAAUUAAUCGUAUAUAUAUGUUAUACGUUUAAGUAUUAUUAAAACUAUUUAUACUCGUCUUACUUUUCAUAAUAAAUUCUAGUCCUCAUUUUAUAAUUUUAGUUUUUAAAACAAAAACAAUUAAAAAAAUAAUUAACAAUUGCCACAAUUUUUUUUUAUAAGCCUAAACUAGCCAUGGCCUUUAGUAGCUAGUUAAACUUAAGCUUUUCUUUACAAAAAUAUGAAAAUUGAAAAAAAAAAUUUAAAUUUUUAACAAAUUUUUAAAAAAAUUUUAAAAAAUUUUCAAAUAAUUUUGAAUUUUUUUUUACUAAUUUAAAAACUUCUAUGAAGUUAAGGAGCAAUAUUUGUUGUUAAACAUUUUGGUAAAAAGAAGUUUAUUUAUUAAUUGUUUCAAUAUGUUAUGUUUUAAAAUUAAAUUCUUAAAAAAAAACUAUAUUUUUAAAAGACAUUUUUUAAAACAAAAUCUUUUAAAUAUUACAAAUACCAGCGUUUAGUAAAACGAAAACCACAGUUUGUGAAGACUAAACUUUUUAUUGUUAAAACAUUUUAAUCAUUUUUAAACUAAGUUUUAUUGGAGAGUUAAAAAAAUGAGCUCUCUAACAGCGAUAGGCAAACGGCUCUCUUAAGAGAUUGUUAAAACAAAAGUUAUAUUCAAAAUUUGCUGAAAUUAUUUAGUAAUUUUUAAACCAGAAUAUAUUAGAGAGUAACAAUAUGAGCUCUCUAUGUACUAUAUUUAAAUGUGUUAGCUUAUGUUCGCCUAAAACAGUGGCAGGCAAACGACUCUCUUAAGAGAUUGUUAAUACAAAAACUUAUAUAUUAAAAAUUGUUGAUAUUUUUAUCAAAUUGUUGAUUAAUUUUUAAACCAGGCAUCGUCAGAGAGUAAGAAAAUGAGCUCUCUCAGUUUGUAUGAAUGUUUAAGCUUACGUACGCUUAAAACAGUGACAGAAACAGAGAUUGUUAAAACAAAACAUUAAUAUUAAAAAUUAUUCAACUAGGCAUCGUCAGAGAGUAACAAAAUGAGCUCUCUAAGUUUGCAUGAAUGUUUAAGCUGACAUAAGCUUAAAACAGUGACAGGCAAAUGGCUCUCUUCAUAGAUUGUUAAGAUAAAUCUUAUAUAUCAAAUAUUUAUCAAAUUAUUGAAUAAUUUUUAAACCAGGCAACGUCAGAGAGUUCCAGUGUGAGCUCUCUUUUAUUUGUAUAGCAUACAUAGGUUUAAAACAGUGACAGGCAAAACGUUCUCUUGAAAGAUUAUUAAGACAUAACUUUUAUAAUAAAAAAUUGUUGAAAUUUUUUAAUAAUUUUCAAAAUAUUCUUUGUCAGAGUGUUAAAAAAGAAUAUUUUUUAACACUCUGACAAAUGAGCUUUCUUACGUUUAAGCAGAGAUAGGCAUAGAGCUUUUUUAUAAGUUUUAUUCCUAUCUUUUACUUUCGAAAGUAUAUAAGCUUUCAAAUCUUUAUAUAAACGUAUGAACGCCAUCAGAAAGCUCAAAUGUCUCUCUCUCGCUCUGCCAAUGUCUGCUUUAAACACAAGAGAGCUCUUUGCCCAUAUGUAAUAAAAAGCUCAGUAUUUAAGCAGAGAUAUACAGAGAGUUAAAAAUAAGCUGACUACGUAUAAGAACAAAAGAGCAAAAAAGCUCACAAGAUAGCUCUUUGCCUACCUCCGUUUGAAAACGUAAAUCUAUGAGACAUGAAAUAUAAACUGUUUUUAAACAAAAUUACAAAAUAUUAUAGAAUUAUUAUAAAAAAAGGUUAAAUAUUUCGAAAGUAAACUGUCGUCAGGAGAUUUAGGUUGAAUAUUUCGAAAAUUAGUUAAAGUCGAGAGAUUUAGGUUCUACUUUCUUCAUUUUAGGGUAUUAGUGACAUGAAAUAUAUAACUUUUUUCAAAGAUUUUGCAAAUCAUAUGGAACAAAGAAAAAGGCUAUAUAUUUCGAAAAUGAUUAAAUGAGGAGAUCUAUAACCUUUUUCGAAAAUACUUUAGGAUUAUUAGAGACAUGAAAUGUAGCCUUUUUUUAAAAAUAAGAAGUUUAGGAAACAUGAUACGAAAAAGGUCUUAUAUUUCGAACAAUGAAAUGUGAGACCCUUUUUGAUAAUUUGAAAUUUAUUAGAGACAUGAAAUAUAGACUUUUUAGGAUUUUUGAAAAAUAAUUUAAGAAAAAGGUCAUAUAUUUCGAAAAAAAUGAAAUCUAUGAACUUUUUCGAACUAGAGAAUAGAAAAAUAUGACCUUUUUUUAAAAAAUAUUGAAAAUUCACUUAAAUUUUUGAACAAUGUUCUUCAUAAAGACGUGUAAUAUAGGCCGUUUUUAAAAAAAAAAAAGACUAUGAAAAUUAAAAUAAAUUUAACGAAAAAGGUCAUAUAUUUCGAAAGUA